AUGGACAACGAACAAUCGUCUCCUUCUCCUGUCAUCAACACCACUUCCACAUCUCCACCUCCCUUAACACCACCACCAGAAACCCACUUCUUCACUAUCCCUAAUACUACUGUGCCCAUACCGGUUUCCUCUUUAUCUCCAGUCACCUCUACUCCUCCGUCAAACCCUGUCUCACUUCCAUGUGUUGCAAACCCUACUUCUCCUCCUUUUUCUGAACAAACCAAAAAUGCUACUCCUCAGGCGUCAGAGGUCUCUGAGGAAGAUUCUGACCAGUACUUGAACUCCUCCGUUCUAGGAUUAGCGGCUCCCACGGAGUCACCAGAAAAUGAAGCGACACUAAAUAUCAUGGGGGAAGUUGUGGCUGACAAACACAUUCCAGUGGUUGAGGUUGAUAAAGAUGCUGUGGAGGAACCUAGUUCCUUAGUGAAAAUAUCUACAAAAGUCCAAAAGUUUGUGGUUGAGGCUUCAGAGGAAGCUGUUAAAAAAAAAGAAAAAAAACAAAGUGGAACAGCUGUGAAGAGUGGUGGAAAAUCUAAGAAGGUUGUGGUUGAGAAAAAUUUGUUUAAAGGUGACACUAUGGCUGUUGCAAGCAGGAACGGAAAGUCUGUUGAAAUGUCUAGAAAAAAAUAG